CAUCAUAACAUUCAUUUAUUUAUCUCAAUAAUCUUAUAAAGAACCCGCAUUCAUUAUUCAGUAUGCCCUCCUUCCCGUUAAAUACAAAUUAUAGUCAUUUUAUUCACAGAUUUUUGUGAGAUUUUUAAUAAAUAGGGGAUUUAUGUUAGCACAACACUCCUGAAUGGUAUUCUCUGUAUGUUCUUUUUUUGCAAAUGACCUGUGCUCAUACACUUUUUGUUUCAGAUAAAUCCAUAAAAAAAGUCCAUCGGAGAUGAGUCCGGUGAUCUUGAUGGUCAAUAAUCUUCCCAAUCUUGUCCUAUCACUUUUCCCCUGAACAUCUGACUGAAACACUGUUUCACUUCUACCGUUUGGUGCCCCGUCAAGCUAAUACCACAAAUUUCGUUUAACACUCAGAGGCAGAUUAUGCAAAACUUCAGACAGUUGAUUCAUAAUGAAAUUUCUGUACGUCUGCGUUCAAAAAAUAUGGUCUAAUUGUAAUAAUCCACACCACACAUUUGUCUCGAACGAAUAUUGGUCACGACAUUCUAUUACAUUUGGAUCAUUGUUGGACCACCAGCGACAAUUUAAUUUUGGGAACUCACUGUUCCGUCCGACGUGAAAGUUACCUUAAAAUCCUGUAGGAAAUGCGAUAUCAUUUUUCCUCUCACCUUGGAACCUAAAUGAAAAUCCUACUCGAAUACAUUCGAUCAUCUAUAAAGGUGGUGUGUAUUUGUUGUGCUCCCAGUUUACUGUGUUUUUCAAUGGUAAAAAACUAGUUUAAAGUGGUAAAUUUGGUAUCAAAAGUUGCGGAAUCUUCAUAUCUCGAAAACUUUGUAUAUUUUUUGAACAUUGAUUACAAUUGAAAGGAAUAACACUCACUUUAAGUAAUUGUAAACUUUUUUAAACAAAUUCACUAAAGACAAUCUAGGAAAUAAAAACCUGUUGUGAUAAGACACAAACACCAAAUUAAAAUGGAGUUCCAGUGGCGUACCUGUUUUAAUUAACAUUAGCGGAGAUUGAAUGGGUGAUGGAGUUCAAAAAAUUUAAAUGUUGUAAAAACUUGGAGUUCAAAAGCUACCGUUGCGUAAUUUGCCAUGGACUUUAUCAUAACAGCUGUGUCGAGAAGAGAAAAAAUGUAUCUUAUUUAACUGGAUACGAUAUUUACUGUUCUAAAGGAUGUCAAGACGCAGAUAUAAAAAAAUGUGACGAUUAUGAUAAACUACUUAUUAAAAUAAAAGAACUUAAAGAUGAACUAAUGGAAAAGGAUAUUUUAUAUGAAAAAUUAGAAAAGAACUCUAAAGAGGAAAAGGAGGAACUUUAUACACAGAUCGAAAAUAUUUCAAAAGAAAUUAUAGAAAAAGACAGAUACAUACAACGCUUGAAAAGAAAUACCAAGAGCUUUGAAGAUGAAGUAUUUGAGCAAGAGAAAAGCCUUACAAUGUUAUUAAAAGGUAAAAGUGAAACAAUUAAAGAUUUAAAUAACGAGAUUACUCAAAUACAAUGUCUAAAGGAUAAACUUCAUACAGCAUUACAAGAAAAAGAGGCACAAUUAGAAAAAGUGAAUGCC